CAUAAGUAUCGAAAGUAUCGUUCGAUCCCAAUCGAUAAGUAUCAAACAUCUCUAUUCUUCACGUAAUUCAACUUUGGUUUUUGUGAAUUUGUUUUUUGCAUUUUCGAAAUUAUUUAUUUAAUUUCCGUGAAAAGUUGGUCAUUAUUAUUCAUUCUUGAACUUGUGAAUCAACUGGAUUUAUAGAAUUCAAUUGCAUUUGCUCCUUUGCUUCCUUAGGUAUUUCCUUUCCCAUAAUAUUUUUUGCAGUGUUGCAUUUGAUUUGAUAUAAGUACAAACAAUGAGAAGGAGAGCAGGAUUAGGUGCUAUUCAAAAGCAAAAGUUGGAACAGGAAAAAUAUAGAGAAAAAGGAUCUGAAAUACAGGAGAACCAAUUUCAACAAAUGUCCAAACAACUUGAAGUUUUCAGGGAGAAUCUCGAGGAGUUUGCGACAAAACACAAGAAUGAAAUCAAGAAAAAUGCUCAGUUUAGACGACAGUUCCAGGAAAUGUGUGCUGCUAUUGGUGUAGACCCAUUGGCAUCUGGGAAAGGGUUUUGGUCUGUACUUGGUAUUGGAGACUUUUAUUAUGAAUUAGGAGUUCAAAUUGUUGAAGUGUGUUUGGCCACUAAUUACAAAAAUGGUGGACUUAUAACUUUAGAAGAAUUACGCACAAGAUUAAUUGCAGCCAGAGGAAAAGCCAAAAAACACCAAGAAAUAACUAAUGAAGAUUUAUUAGCUGCUGUAAAAAAGUUACGGAUAUUUGGAAAUGGGUUCUCAGUUGUGCCAAUAGGCAAAGGUAAAUGGCUUGUUCAAUCUGUGCCAGGAGAGUUGAAUUUGGACCACACGCUGGUGUUACAAAAGGUCAGCUCUUUGGGUACAGCUUGGGUGUCUAGCAGCAUCCUCACCGAUGAUUUAGGAUGGACUCAAACAAGAGCUAAUAAUGCUCUAAAUUACAUGAUAAAGGAGGGAUUAGCUUGGGUGGACACUCAAGAUUCAAAAGAAAAGUUGUUAUGGUUCCCAAGUAUGUUUUCAGAUUGUGUUUCUGCAUAGCACACAAAGCUGUUAUAGUAUAUAAACAUAGGAAAUUUUAGCUUGCACUUCAGCUGUGGGAACAUUAAUAAACCGA